AGCAGACAAACUGAGUUCCUCCAAUCCUGUUUCUCUUUUCUCCCCCAUCUCUCUAAAACCCUUCUCUCAGGGAGGAACAGAUAUAGCUUUGGGGAUAAUAUAGCUUUAAGGCAACUUUUGGCAGAUGCAAACGCCCUAACAUCUGGGCAGUGUUAACAGAAUCCCGGAGGCCCGGACAGACAAGGAGCCACUCGUUCUAGGAAUGUUAAUGUAGAAGGGUUUUUUCCGACUGAUGAGAGCAGCAGAGAGGAAGAAGAAAGAAGAGAGAGCAAGAGAGCACAAGAAACAUAAAACAGAUUCCAUGUUUCUUUUUCUUUUCACUUUUGGAAGUUUGUAGAUGGCUGACUUCUGAAAGUCACUUUCCUUUACCCUGAAACUUCUGGCCACAUACCGCUAAUUAUCUCCCUAACCCUCCAUGUCAAGGAUGGCUGGCCAACUAAGUCACAAAGGAGCUCUCUCUCUGCUGCUCUUCCUAACUCCAGCAGUGACACCAACAUGGUAUGCAGGUUCAGGCUACUAUCCAGAUGAAAGCUACAAUGAAGUAUAUGCAGAAGAGGUCCCACGGGCCCCUGCCCUAGACUACCGAGUCCCCCGAUGGUGUUAUACAUUAAAUAUCCAAGAUGGAGAAGCCACAUGCUACUCACCAAGGGGAGGAAAUUACCACAGCAGUCUAGGUACACGUUGUGAGCUCUCCUGUGACCGGGGCUUUCGUCUGAUUGGACAGAGGUCGGUACAAUGCCUGCCCAGCCGCCGUUGGUCUGGAACUGCCUACUGCAGGCAGAUGAGAUGCCACGCAUUGCCACUCAUCAGUAGUGGCACCUACACUUGCACAAACGGGGUGCUUCUUGACUCCCGCUGUGACUACAGCUGUUCCAGUGGCUACCACCUAGAAGGUGACCGCAGCCGGAUUUGCAUGGAAGAUGGGCAGUGGAGUGGAGGCGAGCCUGUAUGUGUAGACAUCGACCCCCCCAAGAUCCGUUGUCCCCACUCACGUGAGAAGAUGGCAGAGCCAGAGAAACUGACUGCUCGAGUAUAUUGGGACCCACCCUUGGUGAAAGAUUCUGCUGAUGGUACCAUCACCAGGGUGACACUUCGGGGCCCUGAGCCUGGUUCUCACUUUCCUGAAGGAGAACAUGUGAUUCGUUAUACUGCCUAUGAUCGUGCCUACAACCGGGCCAGUUGCAAAUUCAUUGUGAAAGUACAAGUGAGACGCUGCCCAGUUCUGAAACCACCACAGCACGGCUACCUCACCUGUACCUCAGCAGGGGACAACUAUGGCGCCACCUGUGAAUAUCACUGUGAUGGUGGUUAUGAGCGCCAGGGAACCCCUUCCCGGGUCUGCCAGUCCACUCGCCAGUGGUCAGGAUCACCACCUAUCUGCACUCGUAUGAAGAUUAAUGUCAAUGUCAACUCAGCUGCUGGCCUUCUGGAUCAGUUCUAUGAGAAACAGCGACUCCUCAUCAUCUCAGCUCCUGAUCCCUCCAACCGGUAUUAUAAAAUGCAGAUCUCUAUGCUGCAGCAAUCCACCUGUGGACUGGACCUGCGGCAUGUGACCAUCAUCGAGCUUGUGGGACAGCCACCUCAAGAGGUGGGGCGCAUCCGGGAGCAACAGCUGUCAGCCAACAUCAUUGAGGAGCUCAGGCAAAUUCAGCACCUCACUCGCUCCUACUUCAACAUGGUGUUGAUUGACAAGCAGGGUAUUGACCGGGAGCGCUACAUGGAACCUGUAACCCCAGAAGAAAUCUUCACGUUCAUUGAUGACUACCUACUGAGCAAUCAAGAGCUGACCCAGCGCCAGGAGCAAAGGGAUGUUUGCGAGUAAACUUGAGCCAGGGCAUGGUUGAGGUCAAAGGAAUAAGGCCCCCCUUCCCAGUUAGCUGAAACUGAGGCCUACUAAAGGAGGAAAUGGGUUUCCCACAGUUCUA